UUCUCUCUCACACACUCACUCUACGUUCUCUCUCACAGACCUCGCCGCAACUUAGUAUCACCGUCCGCCGCAGUACGUCGCCGUCGUCGCAUCUGCACCGUUCGCCACGCGCCGAUCCGUCUCGUGAGAGUGUGUCUAACUGCGCGCACCGUCGUAUUACAGACUACACUAUAGUCCGCACAGGCGCACGGUCACGCCACUUUUUAGUAGUGCCCCCCUCAAAUCUCAAUCCUCAUCACUGUCGCCGGACAGUGUUCAGUCGUCCGUCUUCCGAGUGUGUUGUGCAGUCGUAGGAUAGAUAGUGGUUUUUUUUUUUUUAAUCAUUUAUUGUUCUUAUUGUUUCGCUAUAGUUUCGGUGAUUAUAAAAGAACAUACUAUUUUGUUUUACGCACGCAUAGUACUUAUUUUUCAUCCUACCGUGCGCACUUGUUGACAAUGCAUUUGUAUUUCUGCUGCCGUCUGAAAUCCGCCGACGUCAAUCUCAUUUCGCGUGUGCUACAGCUCAAGGGCUGAAUAUUGUUACUGUUUUAGUAACACACUUGCCUUAACGGUGCACUUUGGUAUAUUCCGGUUCCGAUUUCGCUCCGAUUACCCCUGCUUUACUCCUACUCUUUCACCGACCAGCGUGUUCUGUUUCCCGUUUGGCAUUCUACCUUUGCACACGUAGCGCCGCUCGCUACACAGAUUGCACACGUUGCGUAAGGGUUCACGGACGAAUCCGCAGAUAUCCGGUAGCCUAUAGCAUUCGUCCACGUUUCAAUACACCGGUGGUCAAAGUGGACGCGACAAAUUUUCUCUGCACCAUCACACUGGCCAGCAAAGUGGACUACGUCGUCCGUAGAAGAUCCAUUGGUGGCAUGAGGCCAGACCUGCAGAAGCUCAUCUAUCACACGUCUUCAGACCACUUUUCAGAGCUAGACGCCAUCGCCGUGCUCUAGUCUCACACACCGCUAGCAGUAUAGAAUAGUUAUAAUUGGUGUGAGCGUGCGAGUCCUGUUUUUGGUGUGUCCGUGACAACUCCAACAUCAUGGCGCCAACUAUCAUGAUGCGACCCACUAAAAAGGACUGGCAACGUCAGUCACAGUCCGAAUCUGAGGAUGAUGACAUGGUUGGAAAGAAAGAUUUGUUGCCGCUAGUAAUGUCCCAAGUCGGCCAACAUUUUGUGCCCUUGGUUAUAACAAUGGUAGGUUUGCCAGCCCGCGGCAAAACCAUUCUUGCUUAUAAGAUUCAACAAUAUCUCAACUGGACAAAUCAUAAGGCUAAAGUGUUUUCUGUGAGCUCAUACAGACGUAAACACAUCGAGUUGUAUAGUAGCCAUGACCUCUUUCGUAAGGAAAACAGUGAAGCAGCUGAGAUUCGUCAAUUAAGUGCUCAAGAAGCACAAGAUGAUGCCACCAAAUGGUUACAAGAUGGAGGAGAUGUAGCUAUAUUGGACGGCACACAUAUAACACAAGCUCGCCGUCAAACAGUAUAUGAUCAUUUUGCUAAAGUCAUGGGGUAUAAGGUACUAUUUAUUGAGUGUGUUUGUGAUGAUGAGAUGCUUAUUGAGCAUAAUGUCAAAGAAGUAAUGCAAUUCAGUAAGGACUAUAGAAAUAUGUCUAGUGAGAAAGCACUUGACGAUUUUCAUCACAAGAUUGAACAUUACAUGGAACAACAUGAACCAAUGAAACCAAAAUCAGAUGGCUAUAGCUACAUAAAAUAUUUAAAUGCAGGAGAAUCACUAACUGUUUGUCGUUUGAAUUCUCCUAUGCAAAGUGAGGUGCUAGCCUUUGUUUCAAAUUUCAAACCAUUAGCAAAAACAUUUUAUUUUUCAAGACAUGGAGAAAGUGAAAACAAUGUUUUGGGUCGUAUUGGAGGAGAUGCAGAAUUAUCGGUCCGUGGUCGCACGUAUGCCGCAGCAUUGGCACGCUAUUUUAAUAAUGAGAAUCGUUUAGAUGGACUUCGCGUGUGGACAAGCGAAUUGAAACGCACCCACCAGACAGCUCAAGGUAUUAAAGCACCAAUUGAACCAGUGCCCUUUUUGAAUGAGUUAUAUGCUGGUGUAUGCGAAGGAUUGAGUUAUGAAGAGAUGCAAUGCAAAUUUCCACAAGAGUUUGCUUGGCGCGAUCAAGAUAAGUUACAGUAUCGCUAUCCAUGGGGAGAAUCUUACAUAGAUAUUAUGACACGAUUGAAACCAGUAUUGUUGGAACUCGAAGGAGAUAUGGAUAAUUUAUUGAUAAUCAGUCACCAAGCUGUUUUAAGAUGCUUACUUGGAUAUUUCUUGAAUAAGAAACACGAAGAAUUACCAUACAUUAAUGUCCCUUUGCAUACCAUCAUCAAACUGACUUUAAACGGAUACAAAUGUAAAAUGGAAGUGAUUAAGUUAAACAUUGAAUGUGUGGACACAUACCGCAUGCAACCAAAGAACUGCUCUGUCAAUCGUUCAACUGAUGAUGCUUUACUGACGGUGCCAGCUCAUUUUGAGAAUUUAUCUUUGUGGAAUCAUGCGCCAAUCGUUCAGCUUUGAACACAAUCCAAACAUAAUAAUAUAUAAUUAGAUAUAUUAUGUAUGUUUGCAUAGACUUUAAUAAUUCAUUUACAAUAUCCCAAUAAUCUUAGAUCUUUAAUUUUAUAACGUCAUGGCAUUUAAAAUGGUUUGAUAUUAUAGAAAACGUAAUGUUUAAUUUCAGGUAUAGAGUUUUCAAAUUAACUUUAUACUACGAUAAGAAUAUUCUAAGUGAAUAUUGAUAAUUUGAUUAUUUUUGACAUUUACGGACCAUGUUAGGAGAUGAUAAAUAUUAGAGAUAUUUUAAUAAUUUUAAAUAUAGAUUUGGAAUAAUACAAAUUAGAUAUUAUUUAUUAGGGAUUAAGUGUUAUAAAUUAUAAAUACAUGAAAAGUUAUGGAUUUCUAUAGUUUGUUUAUUACAUUAAUUUAAUAUACUGUUAAAACUUAACUUAAACAAAAUAAAUUCUAUUGUCUCUAGUUCCCAUGCUAGUUUCAUAGUAUUGAAAAUAUUUGAUGUUAUUAAAAAAAAAAACAUUGAAUGAGCGCAUGUGUUUGAUCUCUUAUACUGUUUAUAACAUUUUACGAUCGCACAAACACAACAUUAUAGUUCUGCUAAAAUACGAACAUGUUCCUAAGUAGCAGCGACAGAAUAAAUAUUUAUGUCGAUAAAAAUACAUGAAAUCCAAUAAUUAUAUUAAUUAUUACUUUUGUUUUUGACAAACUAUUCUAUUCUUCCAUUUUAAUUAUUAGUUUAAAUAUUUUUGUACUCUAGUUAUGUUUGAUUUAUUACAUGUUUUUUACUUUAAACCAUAUUCAUUGUUGUUAAAAAAAAAAAAAAAAUGGUAAUAUUAUUGAAUUUGGAUAUAAGCUGAUGUUUUUGUAGCAUAUUUUUGUAGUUUAUUGAUUCAUAUACAUUUAACAUAAUCUUGUUUUGUCUGGAUUUAAGUGAUUAAGAUAAUAAAUAAAUAAGGUACAAAUUUCCAAUUAAUUUUUUUGUUUUGUGUAAUAUUUUUGAGAGGGUGUCUGCUCAGUGAUUGUUUUAUCUCAUAUCCUCAGACUAAAAAAUGCAGAAAGUAGGUAUCAAGUGUACAUUGUAAUUAAAGAGUAAGUCGUUGUAAUGUAUGUAUUAGAUUGUAAUUUAAUAAUAAAUCAUUGCAAACAAAAAA